CGCGCCGCUGCCCGCCCCGCCCCGCCCUGCCCUUCACAGCGGCCAAGAUGGCGACGGCCACCCGCAUCAUCCAGCGGCUCCGCAACUUCGCGGCGGGGCGCGACCUCCAGGCCAAGCUGCAGCUGCGCUACACGGAGAUCGCCAAGAGAACCCAGCCACCGCCUCGGCUCCCGGUGGGUCCCAGCCACAAGUUUGCAGAUAACUACUACUGCACGCGGGACGGACGCCGAGAGGCUUUCCCUCCUAUCGUGGUUGCGUCCACACAGAAAACCCUCGCUGCGGGGGCUCAGGCCAGCAGUUCAGGCUCUGCAGUGGCAACAGCUGAGAAAAAGCCAGUGACACCAGGGCCAGCAAUUAAGAAGUGGGAAAUUUCAAAAGACCAGCCCUAUUUGUGAGAAAUUAAUAAGGCUGGGUGUGCAGAGUUCAUGAGAAAGCAGUACUCUAAUGGGUAAGCCUGCAGUGGAUUUAGCUACAGUGAUGCUGUAUGGCACUCAUCCUAGUUUUGAUGUAUGACUAAUAAAUACAUUCAAAGUUGUAGUUAUCCUCCCA